UGCAUUCGUGUUCGGUAUGGUCGGUAGGCGGUGAAGUACUCAGGCGAGAGCGAAGUCGAUAAGAGUGUAGCCGAAAGGCUCCAGAAGCACAGGAUACGGCAUGGAGGCAGCAACAGCGGUAGAGGGGUUCCUGGCACCGGCCAGACCACGCGCCGACACACGUUCGUCUUGCCUCAGCAGUCACGAUGGAGACGCAGAACAACAACAAGAAGAAACAGGUAAGCCUCUGCGAGGGGCGUUAUCGCGCUGGCUGCACACUUUCAAGACCGGUGUCCUGGUAUGCUUGCUCAUCGCCUGUGUGGUGAUUAUGAGCUUUAUAAAAGAAGGCGAAACUACGUGGACGUCUCUUCGUCUCAACGACUCUUAUUAUCUUCCGCUGGAGGCAAGUUGGACUGCUGCGCGGGUUUCCCUACGUGGCCCCUUCUUGCCGCAGUCACUGCUGAAUACCACUGGUCUGAUCGCUGCUGCCAUGUCCCUGAAACUGAAUGGGACUCUAAUCGCGAAGCCGUUCCGUCUGCCAGCGGGUCUUCCCGCUCACGACCUGCCUAUGACGAGGGUUGAUAAAGUAUUUCAGCUGGCUCAGCACGGGAGCCCUCUUGUCCUGGAGCUGUACCCCGAAGGCGAGGGUCCCUUGGAGCUGGAGUUGGCCAUUGCUCCACUGCGGGACCGCGAAGGAAUGAUCCUUGCUGCUGCUUUACUCGUUGGACUCUACGUGCUCAUUAUAUUUGAGCUGGUUCACCGUACGUUGGCGGCAUUGGUGGGUGCAACAUUAGCCGUGACAGCCUUGUCUCUCGUUGGGGAGCGACCUAGUUUGGACCGCGUUGUGUCCUGGUUGGAUGUGGAGACGCUCAGCUUGCUCUUCGGCAUGAUGGUGCUCGUGGCCAUUCUCUGCGAGACGGGGGUCUUCGAUGCGACCGCCGUUUUGGCAUACAGAGUAGCACGCGGUCGCGUCUGGAGCGUGUUAUUAGUCCUGUGUCUGAUAUCCGGCGCAACAUCUGCUUUCUUGGAUAACGUUACCACAAUUCUAUUGAUGACCCCUGUCACUAUCAAGUUGUGCGAAGUAAUGGGACUGGAUCCUAAGCACGUGCUUAUCUUAAUGGUAGUCUACUCCAACAUUGGCGGAGCAGCCACCCCAGUUGGGGACCCUCCGAAUGUAAUUAUAAUAUCCAACCCUAAGGUGCAAUCUCUGGGCAUAAACUUCGCUUCGUUCACUCUGCACAUGCUUCCUGCCGUCCUGCUCAGCGCUUUAGCGACUUGGCUGUAUGUCCGUUUCUGGUGCUACCGGGAUCCUGCGCAGCUGCGCUUCAAAGAUCCUCCGGAGUUUGUUGGGAUCCAGCACGAAAUUGACGUGUGGCGGAAAGCGGUGUGCUCUCUGUCCGAGUACUCGCGGGACGAGAGCCAUGUCCGGGAACUGCUCAGCAAGAAAGUUCGCCGCCUGGAAAGGCAACAGAGUCGCAGGACCACAGCGCUGCAUACCUCAGACGACCACUUCCGCGAAAACCUUCGCUUGCUCAGCGACAAGUACCACAUCCGCAACCGUGCUUUGCUGGUCAAGUCGGGCCUCGUUCUUGGAACGGUCAUUUUACUUUUCUUCGCCCAGACGAUUCCGGGUCUGCAGCUGAGCCUCGGUUGGAUUGCCAUCUUAGGUGCCAUCACGCUUCUCUUGCUGGCUGACCUGGACGAACUGGAAGGCGUUAUCGCCCGCGUCGAGUGGCCCACGCUCAUUUUCUUCGGGGCCUUGUUCGUGGUGAUGGAGGCUCUGAGCGAGCUGAAGCUCCUCUGGUACGUUGGUGAGCAAACGGAAGCGUGGAUCCGUAGCGUGCCGCCAGAAUCCCGGCUCAUUGUUGCCAUCUGUAUCAUCGUCUGGGUGUCUGCUGUUGCGUCUUCGUUCGUGGAUAACAUACCGCUGGCUACGGUCAUGGUGAAAAUCGUUACUGGCCUCGGUAGCGAAGAACUGGGUCUAAGCCUGACGCCCCUGGUGUACGCGCUGGCAUUUGGUUCCUGUCUUGGUGGCAACGGAACUCUAAUCGGAGCCUCUGCCAAUGUCGUCUGCGCCGGAGUGGCUGAACAGCAUGGGUACAAGUUUACCUUCAUGGACUUUUUCAGGGUUGGAUUCCCAGUGAUGCUAAUAACAACGAGCAUCUCUACAGGUUGGCUCCUGAUCUGCCAUGUUCUCCUUCAGUGGGACGACUGACCCUUUUUAUAUUAGUGUUGCACAUUUUACGGCGUCAAGACUUUUACAUCUGCAUCUUGGCCUAUAGGAUUAAAUUAAAUGGUUUUACAACUUU